CUCGGCCUCCGUCCAUCCAUUUCCACCUCAAAUCUCAAAGUCGCACAACGCCACAACCCAAAGCACAAGGCCGCACCCACCUUUCCCCGUUCUUCUCCGGCGCCGACCAUGGCCGUCGACCUCAUGGGUUGCGGCUACGCCCCGUAUGGCCACGCGGCCGAGGCCGAGGAGCAGUUCCAGGAGGCCGCUGCCGCGGGGCUCCGCAGCCUCGAGCUCGUCAUCUCCUCCUUCUCCUUCGGCGCCGGCUGCACGCCGCCCCUCGGAGAGAUGGCCGACCAGGCGGUGUCCAGGUUCCGCCGGGUCAUCAACAUCCUCGACCGCACCGGCCACGCCCGCUUCCGCCGCGGCCCUGUUGGAGAUGCCGCCGACUCGUUGACUCCCCCUCCUGAAUCCUCUGCUCCUCCUCCGAUGCCGGCCCAGGCACCGGCACCGGCACCGGCUGUCUCGCCGCAGCUGGCGCCGCAGAAAAGCAUGACGCUGGACUUCACGAAGCCUUUGAAGGCGCCGGCGGCGGCCUCGGCUGCCGCGCCUUCGGUGACGUCGACUUCUUUCUUCUCGUCCGUGACGGCGGGGGGCGAGGGCAGCGUGUCGAAGGGCUGGAGCCAGCUGGUGUCCUCCGGCAAGCCGCCGCUCCCGGCUGGGACCAAACGCAAGCAACGCCAACAGCAGACGCGCUGCGCGCACUCCGACGCCGCCGCCGCGGGUGGCCGGUGCCACUGCUCGAAGAAGCGCAAGAACCGGGCGAAGUACACGACGCGCGUGCCCACAGUAACCUCGGGCGCGGCGGACAUCCCCGGCGUCGGCGACAAGUACUCGUGGCGCAAGUACGGGCAGAAGACCAUCAAGGCGUCCCCUCACCCCCGCUGCUACUAUAGGUGCGGCACCGUCAAGGGGUGCCCGGCACGGAAGCACGUGGAGCGCGCCACCGACGACCCCGCCAUGCUCGUCGUCACCUACGAGGGCGACCACUGCCACGACACUUGGCCGCCGGCCGCCGCAAAUUAAAGCUCCCUGGCUUCUAACAUUUGUUCUUUGUAAUGGGGCCUUGUGUAAAGAAUCCCAAAUUAGGAAUAUAGAAGAUGUUUUCAUCAAGAUUGGAAACGCAUGUCAAUUACGUACAAGAUUCCACAUUCCACAGCCUUGGUGUUGGACCUCGCCGCCGAGGGCAAUUCUGGCGGCGUGGUGGUCAUGAGCACGACAGUCUUCCUCACCUACCUCCAUCCGGCCGCCUUGUGAGGCCCCUGGAGACAAUCACAAGCAACAAUGGAGGUAGGUGGGAGAUUUGGGAUGAGCAGGAUAGAGAGGCAAGGGGAGAACGAGAGAGGGGAGACAGAUUUAGACGUUUUCCAUCUCAUUAGCUGUCGAGCACACGCGGUCAGAGUUUAAGUAAGGGAGCGCCUAGAACUCAGCUGAAUGAGAUAUAGUUUGGUCUCAUUCAGAUGACAUUAGGAUGACAUCAUCAUGUAUUGAUACUGGUAUUGUACCUCCGUGAUUGAUAGCUUUUUUUGGCAGCGUGAUCGAUA